UAUCUUUCCGACCACCUUCUUCCUAUUUAAACACUUGUCUUCUUGCAAUUUCCAACCAACAUAACCGCUACAGUUCUCUCUUUGUUCCUCUCCGCAGCAGUAUAUAGUUGAAGAAUGGCAACUCUUGCUGAGAAUGUUGUCGCUAGGGAUCAGCCACCGGUAGAGGAGAAGGCGAAUGGCGUUGAACAGAAGGCUGCGAACGGGUUGAACUGUGAGAAUGGAGGGAAGGCUUGUGGGGAGCCAACUGCGGAAAAAGGUCAAGCAGAGAUGAAACCUGCUGGAAAAGAAACCGAACGUGAUGCGCCGAAGGAAGAGGAGAAGAAAGAAGAGGUAGGAAUUGAGGUUGAACCUAAGACUGGAGUUUCCUUUCCAGUUAAGUUGGAUGAUGGGAUGAAGUUGCUAAGUGUUGGUUUGAGGAAGAAGUCAAUGCUAGGCAUGGGCAUUAAGAUUUACAGCUUUGGAAUGUACACAGACAAUGAGAAACUGAAAGAUCUCCUCAAGUCAAAGAUCGGAAAAGCCCCAGCAAAACCAAGCAAGGAAAUGUAUCAGGUGGUAAUUGACAGUGAUUUGUCCAUGCUGGUGAGGCUGGUCAUUGUGUUUUCUGGACUCACCAUGAGCAUGGUUAAAAAGAACUUUGAUGAAGGCCUAGGAGCAUCCAUAAAGAAACUGACAGGCGGGAAGAAGAACGAAGAGCUCGCAAACAAGGUCAUGGGUCAAGCAUCAGAUGAAAUCAAGCUAACAAGUGGCUCGGUAAUCGAGAUUUCUCGCCUUCCCGGAUUUGUUCUCCAAACUAAAGUGAUGGAUGAAGUGGUUAGCAAAGUUGAGAGUGAACUUCUCUGCAGGGCAUACAUCCACAUGUAUUUGGGAGAUGAUCCAUUUGACAAAGAUGCCAAAGAAAAAUUUGGGAUGUCCUUGCUUUCUCUCUUUUGAUCUCACAUCAGAACAAUUUCCAGGCAGAAAGAAAUAAGGUCUAGGUCUACUUCGUAGAGAGUAGCAACUGAGCAAUCGCUCAAUAACAAGGAUUAUGGUGAGAUUGUAGCCGGUUCUGUGACAGGAACUCGAAUGUUGUCAAUCCCCAUUCCUCUUUUAUUUGGUGAACUUCAUGAAUUUAAUGCUUCUACCUUCAAGGUUUCG